AUGAUGGCGAAUGGUGAUCUUCAAUUCCGCGUCGCGACUCCGGACGAUGCGUCGCAGAUCCAGCAAUUGGUACAGUCUGCAUUUCGCGCUGAGGACAGUAGGGAAAACUGGACAGGGGACAUGACUCUUGCGUCGCAGUUCAGCGUCAAAGUCGAGGAGAUCAUGAGCAACAUCACCAAGCCGGACAGCGCAUACCUCAUAGCUACUGACGAAAACGGCGCCUUAAAGGGCUCCGUGGGAGUUUCUAAACGCAACGCCGACCUUGCUCGCAUAUACAUGCUUGCAGUUGACCGGCAUCACCACCGGGGAGGCAUUGGGCGCAAGGUCCUAGCUUAUGCCGAGGACUACUGUCAACGUAGAUGGGGCGUUAACAAAAUAGGACUUGACGCCCUUUCUUCCCGCCACGAGCUCAUCUUGUGGUACAUACGCUGCGGCUAUCGGAAGACGGGGGAGUUGACGCAAUUUCCACGUGAGCGGUUCGCUGGCUUGGAUUUAACAGACUUGUAUUUUGUCGAACUGGAAAAGGAUUUAGACACGGGUUCUGCCGCAGUUGAGAGAACAUAG